UGCGGGGUGUCAAGCUGAGCCCUUCCCCUUGUCCGGGGUGGGGGCUUCCAGGCUACAUCCCACCAGGUGCUGCUUGAGUUCACCUGGCCUUAUGCUGGUCACGGCCAGACUGUAGGGCACCAGGAGCCGGGGGAGAGGGGCAGGGCUUAUGCACCAUCUGGUUAAACAGGGGCAAAUACAACUGGGGAUUUGGAGCUGCUCUAAAAGAACAACAAAUCAGGAACCCCUGAGCCUGGAACAGAAGUUUGUUUAUCUCACUUAAUUAAAAGUGGGCAGACUUAAUUUUGGCUUGAGGAAUGAGGAAUAUGAGCAAAGAGCCCUCUGCACCCCCCAACCGAUAUGCUUCUUGUGAAUGGUACUACCAUGUUCCACUGAAACGAUCAGAGAAGACUGUGAACUCAGAAAUCCCAAUUCCUCCACCAUCCCAGAUCCCAGGUCUGAGCAACCUUGGAGAGCAUCACAAUGAAAUUACAUUUGGGAGCCGCAGGAAAUGGAUCAAAGAGACAGACUCAGCAUACGUAAAGCUGGCAAAGCAAGGAGGCCGACCUGAUUUGUUGAAACAUUUUACACCUAGUACAAGAAAAACAUCCCCAGUAGCUUAUGCUGUACCUGACUGGUAUACACACCACAGUAAACCACUAACAGAUGAUGAAUCUAAAGCCCAUGUUUCCUCAAUGCCUGACUACAUGGUUCAUGAAGAGUUUAAGUCUGAUCAGCUCAAUGGUAACUAUGAAACAAAAAGAGGGCCUUUUGAUUUUGAUAUGAAAAGUAUUUGGCAGAGGGAUGCUGAGGACAAGGAGAACAAAGAGAAAAAGAAGGAAAAUGCUGCUCAAGUUGAGGUCCAUGUGGGCAACACAAAAGAGGUAAAGCUUCCUGCUAUAAACCCCAAAUACCCAAACAGAAUACCACCCUCUACUGCAAAUAAGGAAUUCCAUGGGGGAAAUAGGCUUUAUUUUCCACCUAUGCCUGGUCAGAAAAACAAUGAACCAGUAAACUUCAGCAAACUGCUUAGCAAUGGUUACAGGGACGACUGGAUUCAGCAGCGUAAUGACUGGGAGAAAAAGAUUCAGCAAACCUCAAAAAAUAAUGAGCAGCCUGAAGAGACUCUUCUUCCAAGUGAGUACCAGAAGAAAAUAGGAAAGAAGCAGAAAGCUAAAAAAUAUACAUUGUCAUUCAAAAGAAAAACUGUUGCAAAAAUAAAGGAUGAGCCCAGAUCUCAAUCUGGACCUGAAAUAAGUGCCCCGCCUAAGAAGUCACUCUUCAAACUCAACAUGUUCAGAGACAUCCCAGCCCGAAUUGACUCCAACAGACAAGUAAAAGCUGCAGCUUCAGAGAUGUAAUAAAGAUAUUAAUAUUUUAAAAAGAGCAUCAAGAACAGUAAAGCAUGAUAUGGCUUAUGAAA